AUGGACGAAGAAACAGCAACAAGCAGUGUGUUAAGCCGAUGCUUCGAGUGGCAGGGGCCUUCGCUCAAGUAUCAGGGGCGGUAUUCCAUCGACAAGCUGCUCGCGUUCGAGGAUUAUCAGCGCGUUGUGAGUCCACUGCGUGUGCUUGGAGUUCUCGUACUGACUCCGGUUCCCAGUCUCAUUGUCGUCGUGCUGCUCGCUGCCAUCCCGCUCGAGAGUCCGCUGCUAAGUGUGGAGGAGAACAAACUCAUUAUCGGCUCGAGACUGCGCCAUUACCACCAGCAAAUGAUCCGUAUCGAGUACGCCCUGCUCGUCGUGUUCCACAUCUUGGCUGUUGUGUUCAUCAAGGCGCCGAGCUCAGUACAGGCGGGGCUCACGGCGGCGUUCCCGGUACUCUUCGCCAUGAACAAGCGGAUGGUGUGGUGCGUCUCCCAUCCGCUGCAGGACAUGAGCACGGACGUCACGCUCUGUGUCGUGGUGAUUUUCGGCUCGCUGCUUCGAAUGAUCUGUCUUCAGAGUGUCCACUCGCUGGAAUCGACGGACGCCAGACGACUCGAACUGCCGUGA